AUGGCAUCUCUACUUCAUAUUCGCCAGGGUCUCCAGCAGUACUCUGUACGUAUUGAGUACCUAAAGCCUUUGGCUAAGUACAAUAGGGAGAAGCCAUAUCUCCUGGGCCUUGACAUCCCUCUUGCGGACGAGUCAGGUCGUUCCAACCUCGAGUUUGAGAGCAUAACUUUGAAGGCUGCAGAUGCUCGGAUUGUGCGGGAUAGGCUCUCGGUAGAAUGUCAUGGAUUCGAACUGUUGACACUGCCACCUGAAGUCAUGGCCCGUCACUUUGACCAUAACGACAAGAGACUUGAAAUGGAAGGCGUUCACGCGAUCUUGGCAAAUAAAUUCAAAACGGACAAAGUGAUUGUGUAUGAUCAUGCAUACAGAAUGGAAGAACAAAAGAAUGAGGAGGCAAAGUAUACAUUCUCAAAUCGCCCAACUCAGUCAAUUAUAGUUCGAAAUCCUCACGCAGACCAGUCCACUGCCAGCGGCCGGAAACGAGUAGAAACCUUCCUCAGUCCCGACGAGCGGAAGCAAUACUCCAAGGACAGUUGCAGGAUUCGGAUUGUAAACUUUUGGAAGCCUAUUCGCCGGAAAAUCCAAAGGGCCCCUUUGCUGCUCUGCGACCCACUAUCUAUUACAACUGACAACAUAAUUCCAUGCGAUGUCAUUACUAGUACAUAUGCUGGCGAAUCUGUUUUCCUGACGUAUUCCACUCAGCACCAGUGGUUCUGGUUUAAGGACCAGGACCUGGACGAGGCUCUCCUAUUCAUCAGUUACGACAGCAGCAAGGCAGAAGACUGCGCAGGGUGCUUUCACACGUCGUGUGAUAUCGUGGACGAUAUAUUCGUACCCUCGAUCCAGGAGUGCCCAAGAGAAAGCGUCGAGGUCAGGGCAUUGGUUAUCACGCCUCUAGGUCGUUAA